UUCCGUUUGUGUCUGCAGUUGUUGGAGGUUCACCUCUGGAUCCUCCUCCUUCUUCCCAUGUUCAACCCCAGCCUCAGACUACAAUUCCAUUUGCUGCCAUUACCACUAAUUCUUCAAUUUUUGGUCGAAAUGAUGGGCACGCCACAUACAGCAGCAGCAAUUGGAUACCGAUAUCUAGCCACCAGUUUACUUCACAAGAGUUUGUUGCUGCAUCAUCCACUGAAACCGCCCCCUCACUCUCUCCUA